UCCCCUGCGGGGCAGGACGGAAAAACAGUCGGCACAUUCGCUACCCCUCGUCAGUCAGAUGGCAGCGUGUGUGAUCAGCAGGGAGGACCUCAUAUGUCCACGGUGCACUGAGAUCUACUGCUUCCCCGUUCUGCUCCAGUGUGGACAUAACGUUUGUAAAGUUUGCCUGCAGAAGUUCUGGGAAUGGAAAGGAUGUCAGGAAUGUCCCGUGUGUUGCGCCGUGUGUACUCCCAGGAGGCCUCCCAUCAAUUUGGUGCUGAAGAUCGCCGCAGACCAGUACAACUUGGAACAGAGCAGUAGGACCGGAGGAGAACUCUGCAAAAUACACAACGCGAAGCUUAGUAUUUACUGUCAGAAUGACGAGGAGCCCAUCUGUGUGGUGUGCCAAACAUCCAAACAGCAUAAAAUUCACAAAUGCUGCCUGCUGGAGGAAGCCGCCAAGCAGAAAAAGGAAAAUAUUGCGGUCAGACUGGAGUCGCUUAAGAAAAAGCUCCAGACUUUGAGAAAGACAAAGGAAACUUGGGAAGGAACCCGAAAAUUCAUCCAGGUUCAAAUCCAAGCAGCUGCAAACCACAGAGCUAUCAGGGAUGAGUUCCAGAGGUUGCACUUGUUCCUUUUCAAGGAGGAAGACUCCCGACUUCAAGCGCUCAAACAGGAGGAAGAGGUGAAGGUGAAAGUGAUGAGACUCAAAGUGGAACACAUCGCCAAGCAGAUCAAGAACCUUUGCUCCACCAUUAGCGACAUCCAGACCAAACUCCGAAGCGAUGAUUUACCCUUUUUGAAGGAUUACAAAGACACAAAGAAAAAGCUGAAAUGCAACAUUGGAGAGCCAGAAAUCAUACGAGACAUCCUGAUUAACUCUGCAAGUCAUCUGGGAUCUCUUAAAUUCAAAGUGUGGAGGAAGAUGGAGGACAUUGUCCAAAGUGUUCCCAUCACUUUGGAUCCAAACACGGCUCAUGCCAAUUUGGAGCUCUCAAAUGAGCUGAGCUGUGUGCAGUACAGCAGCCAACAUAUUCUUCCAAACAACCCAGAACGCUGCACAGGUAGUUUGUGUGUGCUCGGAGUCACCGGCUUUGUGUCUGGAAAACACAGCUGGACUGUGGACGUGGGACUGGGUAAAGACUGGUACAUCGGGGUGGCCCAGGAGUCCAUCCAAAGGAAAGGGGCCUUGUUCCUCAAGCCUUCUGAAGGCAUCUGGCUCAUCGGUGGGAUUAUGGGAGACAGCAUUUGGGCUCAGACCUCACCUCGCAUCAAGCUGUACUUGAAGCAGAAGCUCGAGAGGAUUACUGUGGAGCUGGAUUACGACAAAGGGAAGGUGGUCUUCAUCAAUGCUGAAGAUUCAAAGACAAUUUACACAUUUAAAGACAAGUUCACUGAAAAAAUCUUCCCUUACUUCAAUCCCGGCAUCCAUGAGGAGGGCAGCGGCUCCUUCCCCCUCACCAUCUGUCCGCAGAACAUCGCAGUGACUAUCAAAGACCCCAAGUGAAGAGCGUGGUUUCCUUUGCACUAGGUGUUCUGACCAGUUUUUACAAAACAAUCUCAUUAGUUGUUAUAAGAAUAGAUGUUGCUUUAGGCAUUAGGAAAUACAUUUUGUUUUGCAGCAGCUUUGUUUCAAUACUAAAAAAAGCAUGCCAGUAAUGUUCAAUCACGUUUGGCUGGUGGGGUUGUUUUUUUUUGUCUUGUGUCACUUCCUGGUUCUACUGUAGAAACUCAUAAAUGCCCGACUGUCUGAUGUAAACAACUGUCUACCACAUCAGACAUUUCUUAAAAUAACAUGUUUGUGUACACAAGAACGUUAGAGUUGGUUUUAUAGCAGGGGUCGGCAACCCAAAAUAAUGAAAGAGUCAUAUUGGACCAAAUAUACACAAAAGUAAU